CGCGGGCAGGGUCAGCUGGCGGCGGCGAGCCGUUCAGAGUGAAGUUUGUCAAUGCCAAGGGCGACGCGACAAUGGUGGAUGUGAAUCCGAUGGAGAAAUUCGAGAGGCCUUGUGCAUCGGGUUGCUGAUAAGCUGCGGAUGUCGGCAGCACGGUCAGUACAUUCUCAUGUACAAGGACCCAGACGACCAGGAGAUUGGCGUGGCAUGCACAGACAACAUGCAUGAGAUGUUCCGGCUAUUUGAAACCCGGCAGUCGAUUCCAGCUCAAGAUCGUGCAGUUCAACGGCAACAACAGCGCUGCUAUCGACAAUGUUGCGAGUAUCUGGGGGUCGUCACACACGCCAUCGCAGUUCCAGUCCUUAGUGAUCAACGAGUACGAGAGUGAUUCAUCCGAGUCCUCGCUGGAUCUGACCAAUAUCCAGAUGGAGGACCUGAAGCAGAAAAGCAAGAAGCAGGACAGCAAGAAGCAGGAUAGCAAGAAGCAGGAGAUGCAGGAGAAGCCCAAAGUCAGCAGCAACUCCGGCAGCAUCGAGAAGCUCACCGAGCACGCUAUGGCUGCUGCCUCUGCGGCUGCCGUUGCUGCCGCUGUCAAAGCCGACCAAACAGUAGAUGAGGCCAUCGAGGACAUUGAGGACAUUGAGGAGACUGUUGUAGAAGCCGCCAGUUCGGUCGGCGCCAAGGUCGAGGAGGCCAAGACCAAAGUUGAGGAAACCAAGACGAAGGUGGAACAGAAGGUCGACAAGGUCAAGGUCGAGGUGAUCGACGAGCUCCAAGAGGAGCUGGACGAGUACAAAGGUCAAAGUUAACGCCAAGAAGACUACCAAGCCGCCAAAGCACCCUCAUGGCAAACACGAGGAAACCAUAGAGACUGCCAUUGGUAUUGAGGAGACAGCAACCGGCAAGGAGAUGGUCGAGGUUGUUACCACGA